AUGAUUGUUAUUCGACGAAAUGCUACGUCACAAUCGCAAUCUAUUCCACCAAUAUGUGAUGAUCAACUAGGUGUUUCAACAAAUCUAGUUUAUAUAGGAGAAGAUUCAAGUCAGGUGGUGUUUGUUUCAUGGAAACUGUCACACGAAGCUAAUAUGAUCGAUUGGAUUGGCUUAUUUAAUUUUGACGACGACGAUCCGUCGCACUAUUUGGAUCACAAAGGACGUGGUGUAGUAGGUCCACAAGAGGGUACGGUAGCAUGGAGUGUGAUGCGAGCAAAUUUACCGUCAACGCUUAAAAGUAUACAGUUUGGGUAUGUAGAUGGUCUCACUGGUGUGGUACUUGCUAGAUCUCCUCCAAUUAGAAUAACGGAUAAAGCUCGACUGCUAGUAGAAGAGGUCAGCUAUCAUUUCUUUGAAAAGUCAGAAGAACCACGACGAUUACGUUUGGCCAGCGGUGGUAAAUCCAGGACGAUCACGUUACCUUGUGAGAAAAAGGUGGCUACGGUGAACUCACGAUUCCCGUACUCUGCCGCGUCGUCAUUCGAUAUUGCUAUUGAUAGCACGAAUUGUGUGAUUCCACUUGUGGAAAUUGAACAUUUGACGGGUGAUUUAAACAUUGCCGUACAAUCCGAUCAACGGCACUCGUUCACCGCGGUGAUCUCAGUGUGUAUCGAACCGAUGGAUACGGAAAGAUCGGCUCGUCUGCGUUCACGCAGCAAACGAACCGAAAAUCUGGACAUUAGGGUGUCUGGUGUGUCUUCCUCUUCUUCGGGAAGUUCGAUGAGCCAAGCCAGCUCGUCUUCCGGAUCUUCUACUCAACUCAAUGUGACUACACCUCUGCCAGCAGGUUGGGAAGCUUGUACUGAUCGUAAGGGUAGGACAUUCUAUAUAGACCAUACAUCAAAGAAAACCACCUGGCAAAGACCAUCAACUGAAGACACUAAAGAAAGCGAGCAGAUGAAAAGGUAUUCAAUGAAUCGUCGUACUGUUGGCAUAUCUCCGCCCACCACACCAACUUUCAGCCCCGCUAUUUUCCUUCAGCGACCGGAUUUUGUUAGUCUACUGCAUGAAAAUGAGGUUGCUCUAGCUGCUUAUAAUGCAUCACCAAUUGUUAAGCAUAUAGUGCAUCGAAUACGAAAAUGUGGUGAGCCAACGGAAAAAUAUGAAAAUAACAGGGAUUUUGUGGCUUUCGUGAAUUUAUUCGCCGAUGACACUCAGCCGUUACCAAUGAACUGGCAAGCGAGUGGUAGAAAUCCGACUGUAUUUAUUGAUCAUGCGGCUAGACGAACUACGCUUAUCGAUCCACGAUUACCAAUGCCAAGUAUUGAUAGGAAACGAGGACGUAGUGCACCGCCGUCACGACGUCAAAAUCUGGACAAGAAUGGGAACCUUCUAGAUCUGGCAAGUCGUACAGCUGAAAUUGCAUUACUUGUGGAAGAGCGGUUACCGGAAUUGGCUCCAAAGAUACGAAAAAAAUUACGGCUCAUCGAAAGAUUAGGCGCUGUCGCUCUGGCGCGAUUAGCGAACGAUGUGGAUUUGAUCACGGCGAUCAGCAUCCUCGACUCAGACGAUCAAGUCACUUCGAGCGAAUUGGAAGAAAAACUCAAUCACUUCUAUGCAUCCCUUCAUCGAAGCGGUUACGGUAAAGGACCACAGAAGAUCAAGUUCCGAUUCAGUCGAUCGAAUCUUCUCCACGACGCUUUUGAACAGAUCUUGGCUGCAGAUGCACUUUCGCUACGAAGAGCUCGCCUAUCGAUCGCAUUCGACGAUGAGGAAGGCCUCGAUUAUGGUGGUCCAUCGCGAGAAUUGUUCUAUCUGUUAUCACGAGAACUGUUCCAUCCGUACUAUGGUUUAUUCGAAUAUUCAGCUCCUGAUCAAUACACUGUACAAAUCAGUCCACAUUCAAAUUUAGUGCAACAAGAAAUGCAAUGGAUGGAAUUAGCUGGACGAGUGCUUGGUCUGGCCCUACUUCAUCGAUGCCUUAUCGAUACGUUUUUCACGAGAACUUUCUACAAAAUGCUGUUGGAACAGCCCAUCACCCUACUCGAUCUUCAAGAUGUUGAUCCAGAAUUCUAUCGUAGUAUGAUGUGGAUUCGUGAAAAUCCCGUCGAUCCUUCGCUUGGCAUGACAUUUGUGAUCACCGAAGAAGAGAAGGGACAGGUGGUCGAGAAAGAACUGCUCCCCAAUGGCGCUGAACUGGACGUGGCCGAUCAGAACAAGGAGGAAUUCAUCUCGUUAAUGGUGAAAUGGCGUGUUGAACGAGGGAUUCAGCGGCAAUCCAGAGCACUUCUAAGAGGACUGCAUCAGAUUAUCGAUCGCGAUUUUUUACGAGUGUUCACUGUUGAUCAAGUAGAAUUGGUGCUUUCUGGAUCGAGGGAAAUCGAUUUGGAAGAUUGGAGGAAGAAUACCGAAUAUAGGGGCGGUUAUUUUGAUGAGCAUGUGGUUAUAGAAUGGUUUUGGGACCGAGUAUCACAAAUGUCGAACGCUGAUCGGUUGAAAUUGUUACAGUUUGUCACUGGUACUUCGAGUAUACCGUUCGAAGGUUUUGCAAUGUUACGUGGAAGUAAUGGACCAAAACGUUUCACUAUAGAGAAAUGGGGUGAAGAGUCAGCUCUUCCAAGAGCGCAUACGUGUUUCAAUCGCCUUGAUUUGCCAUCCUAUCCGACACGGCAUAUAUUAAAGGCUAAAUUACAUACUGCCAUCACUGAAGGGAUUAAUUAUGCCAUUGAAUAA